CUGCUAAUUAUUGGUUUUCAGGGGAGCAUUCUCAGUGGUAAGAAGAUGUAUGAAAAUCCCUACUGGUCAAGAAUAUGCUGCCAAAAAUUAUCAACACCAAAAAGCUUUCUGCCAGGGAUCACCAGAAGUUGGAAAGGGAAGCCAGAAUCUGCCGUCUUUUGAAACACCCUAAUAUUGUGCGACUUCAUGACAGCAUAUCGGAAGAGGGUUUUCAUUACUUGGUGUUUGACUUAGUUACUGGAGGGGAACUGUUUGAAGACAUAGUAGCAAGGGAAUACUACAGCGAGGCUGAUGCCAGUCAUUGUAUACAGCAGAUUCUAGAAAGUGUAAAUCAUUGUCAUCUAAAUGGCAUAGUUCACAGGGAUCUGAAGCCUGAGAAUUUGCUUCUAGCCAGCAAAUCUAAGGGAGCAGCCGUGAAGCUGGCAGACUUUGGCUUAGCCAUCGAAGUGCAAGGAGACCAGCAGGCAUGGUUUGGUUUUGCUGGCACACCUGGGUAUCUCUCCCCGGAAGUCCUACGUAAAGACCCAUAUGGAAAGCCCGUGGACAUGUGGGCAUGCGGUGUUAUUCUCUAUAUCCUCCUGGUGGGCUACCCGCCGUUUUGGGAUGAAGAUCAGCACCGACUCUAUCAGCAGAUCAAGGCUGGAGCUUAUGACUUUCCAUCACCUGAGUGGGACACAGUGACUCCUGAAGCCAAAGACCUUAUCAAUAAGAUGCUGACCAUCAACCCUGCCAAGCGCAUCACAGCCUCAGAGGCGCUGAAGCACCCAUGGAUCUGCCAACGUUCUACUGUGGCUUCCAUGAUGCACCGGCAGGAGACCGUGGAUUGCUUGAAGAAGUUUAAUGCACGAAGGAAACUAAAAGGUGCCAUCUUGACAACUAUGCUGGCUACACGGAAUUUUUCAGCAGCCAAGAGUCUGCUGAAGAAACCAGAUGGAGUAAAGAAAAGGAAAUCCAGUUCGAGUGUUCAGAUGAUGAUAAACAACAAAGCGAACGUGGUAACCAGCCCCAAAGAAAAUAUCCCUACCCCGGCGCUGGAGCCCCAAACUACUGUAAUCCACAACCCUGAUGGAAACAAGGAGUCGACUGAAAGUUCAAAUACAACGAUUGAAGAUGAAGAUGUGAAAGCACGAAAACAAGAGAUUAUCAAAGUCACUGAGCAGCUAAUCGAAGCCAUCAACAACGGGGACUUUGAGGCAUACACAAAAAUCUGUGACCCAGGUCUGACUGCAUUUGAACCUGAAGCUCUGGGGAAUUUGGUGGAAGGGAUGGACUUUCAUCGAUUCUACUUUGAAAAUGCUUUAUCCAAAAGCAAUAAACCCAUCCACACCAUCAUCCUGAACCCCCACGUGCACUUGGUGGGUGAAGACGCUGCCUGCAUCGCCUACAUCCGGCUCACGCAGUACAUGGAUGGCGGUGGGAUGCCCAAGACCAUGCAGUCGGAGGAGACCCGUGUGUGGCACCGCCGCGACGGCAAGUGGCAGAACGUGCAUUUUCACCGCUCAGGCUCGCCCACAGUCCCCAUAAAGCCAUCCUGUAUUCCCAAUGGGAAAGAAAACUUCUCAGGAAGCACCUCUUUGUGGCAAAACAUCUAAGGCCUGAAAACCAUUCACUGUGGGUCUUCUAAUUAUCAACAGUGCCACCUCCACAUUCUCUGUCUCCGGACAAGUGGACGGGACCCCGGGCUGCCCCAUCCUCUUCAUGCAUGUUUCUGAGUGCGUGAAGCCGUGAAGGUCUGUGUGCUGCUUAGUGACACCUCCUCGCGGCCUCAAGUGCCCCCCACGUUGUUUACACUCUACCAUGGGAUGUUCUGUUGUCCUUGGCCAUCCUAGGGGGAUGUCAGACAAACAAAACCAGUUCCACAAUAUCCCAACUCAACUCUUCAACCCCUUCCUCUGUUUAUGCCAAGAUUUAACAAACAGACUUUAAAACAUAUUGUCCUCUGAAUGACAGUUUGUAAGAGAAAUGUAAAUUUUUUAAAAAAGAAAACAACAGCUAUAACUAUUUUAUUUGUUUGGGCUUGUUUAACACACAUAGAAAAAGGCCAAAACAAAACAAAAUAACAACAACAAAUCUUUCUCUGUUCCUUUGUGUGAUCCUGGUUAAAGUAGAUGCCUUCACGAGGUGAUGAGGGCUUUACAACUCUGUCAAGAUUGAAUUGUUAAGACAAACAAAACGUGACCACAUCACUUGGGACUGUAGCUGCAAUGUUUCUGACUUGCUACCAUGAGAGUCGUGUGGAGGGGCCUAACUGUGUAAACUGGAAAAAUUCCAACCAUCGAUGAGUUUGAUCACUUUGGGGUACACUCCUGCGAUUUGGGUUAAGUUAGUGAACUGAAUUUUUCCCCAAAUCUGUGCUGUUUUCUUGCUCCCCUACUCUGUCCCCAGUUCUCUGUUCCUGUGAGUUUAAGCUUUCUUUGGCUCUUCCAUUUCUUUCUUUUUUACCUCUCACAGCAUGUGAGAAAAGUGCAGUUUCCCACCUGAUAGCCAGAUAAGCCUGGGCCCUUUUGGGCAAGUGAGAAGGCUGAUUCUCCUUUAGCCCUCAUAAGCAUUUUCAGGGGCCCUCAAAAGUCAGCCAAGACUGCAGAGGUUUCUCAUUCUGCUUUAGGCACCAGCAUGGAGGGCAGCUCAAACAGGGAGGAAUUGGGAUGCUAGAAGGCAUACCAGAAUCACAUGUGCCCCUCUGUCCCUUGGUGUGUCCUACUGACCUGGGGACCCCACUGGAAGGCUUCCCAAGGCUGAAGAGGUGGUUUUGUGCAAAUGCACUUUUUCUGCUUGGGGGAAGGAUUGAUCCCCCUUAGCCACUGCUGCUUUCCAGGAGUGUGCCCCCCCCAGCAACUUCUUACACUCACAAGCAUGUGCACCCCAUUUUUUGUGGCGUGUGAGUCCUUUACCCUGCUGCUGUUAGAGCCCCAUGGCCACCUCCAUGGAGGGCAGGUGUCCCUGUGUUUCAGGGAAAGAGAAGUGGGCAAUGGCCCAGCUUCCUCUCCUCCAUGCUUGUCACCUCUCCUCCAUCGCCUCGGCCCUGAAACGCUGUACAGUGCAUGGUCUCCUCAUUGUUAUUCUAAUAGUCAUGCAGUCCUCAGAAGCCUAUUUUUAAAGCAAAAAAAUAAAUAAAAAUAGAAAAGGGAGAAAACCCACAAAGUAACUAAACACACUCUCUUUUCUCUCAUUUCCCUUUCUGUGCCGAUUACUCCUUCACCUUAGAUAUUGCUAGUGGAUAUAUGGUAGAUGGAUUGAAGCUUUUCUGAUCAUUAUUACACAACUUAAAACAAUCUAUAUUUAAAAUAAAUAUAUACAGUCAAUGUAUUGAGCCAUGUUAACCUGCCAAUGAGAUCUGUGAAAAAGCAAUGGCCUCCUCCCCCUUUAUGACCCUUUUGUGAAGUGGCUACAUGUGGCAUACAUGUAUUUUUUUAAACUAGGUAUAGAGUGGUUUUGUGAUUUGUUUUUUUAACACCUUCAACUUAGCAUGUGGUGUUGAAGUACCACCGUAGACCGUUUGCCUUCCGCACUCAGACGUGAGGGAAUUGUGCUUUUUUCUCUCUACCACUGUCGGAUGACACAUUUAUUAUCUUCUAUCAUUUGGAAACACUGCAGUUUACCAUGGGACACUGUAUAUAUUUCUUGCCAUAAUGGUAAAUGAAUGAUAUAUUUAAGAGUUAAUAAAUUUGUGAUUUCUGCUGACAGCA